AUGAUCCCAAAUGAAAUUGAAUAUACGUAUAGCCCUCGAUCUGUGGCCAUUGGUGACUUUGAUAAUGAUGGUUGGGUAGAUAUUGUUAUUGCAAAUUAUGCUGCUGACAAUGUAGGUAUCUAUUUCGGUUAUGAUAGGGGCAAUAUGACAAGCUCAGUGACGUAUUCUACUGGUCCUGCAUCUCGCCCGUACAUGGUCGUUGUUAGUGACUUCAACAACGAUGAUCGACUAGAUAUCAUCGUUGCGAAUUUCUGUACAAACAAUAUCAUUAUACUUUUUGAAUUCCAAACUGGAUCCUCUCCAAGUCGAAUAGAGCUUUCAACUGGAUCAUCCCGAGUUGUUUGGGUCCACUGUCAUUUUUGGAUAUGGCAAUGGAAUUUUUCAAGUCCAACUACAUACUCAACGGGAUAUGAUUCUUUCCCUUUCAUGGUUGUUAGUGGCGAUUUCAAUUCGGACAAACAUAUGGACCUUGCUAUCGCCAACUAUGGCGCAAACAAUGUUGGUAUAAUGUUUGGAAAUAGUAGGGAUACUUUUGGAACUCAAAAACAACUUUCAACUGGUUCCAAUUCCAAUACAUUAUCGAUUGCCGUUGGUGAUCUAAAUAAUGAUGCUAUCCUAGAUAUCGCCGUUGCUAACUAUGGUAAUAAAAGUAUUGGUGUGUUUCUGGGCAAAGGUGACGGAAACUUUACAAGUCAAACGACCUACUCUCUUGAUACUGCUUUUCCAUAUUCUAUUGGUAUUGCUGAUUUCAAUAAGGGCAAUAGAAUGGAUAUAGCUGUUACCAAUAAUGGCAGUAACAAUAUAGAUAUACUUCUCGGAUAUGGAAAUGGCUCUUUUGCAAAUGUGACGUCGUAUUCGACAGGAUCUUCUUCUUCAAUCUCUUUUGCUAUAUGUGACUUAAAUAGAGACGAUCGUUUAGACCUUGUUAUCGUCAACAAUGAUACGAACACCAUCGAUAUUCUGCUCGGAUAUGAUGAAUUCUUUCCAAUUCAGACAAAAUAUCCAACUGGCAAUCGUCCAAGCUAUGUCGUUGCGAGUGAUUUUAAUCGUGACACCGUCGCAGACAUCGCAGUCACCAAUCUGCAUAGCAACACUGUAAGUAUACUUCUUGGAUAUGGCAAUGGAUCUUUUGCAAGCAAAGUGGAUUUUAUCACAGGCACUGCUCCUUUAUCUAUUGCUGUUGGGGACUUUAAUAACGAUAGAAUAGUGGACAUCGCUGUUACAAAUCAUCAUGACAAUACUAUAAGUAUACUUCUCGGAUUCAGUAAUGGUACUUUUGCAAAACAACAAAUAUAUGCAACAGGUAAUACGCCAUAUUAUUUAGCUGUUAAUGAUUUUAACAAUGAUAAUCAACUUGAUAUUUGCGUCACUAAUUUUGAUAGCAGCACUGUAAGUGUAUUUCUUGGAUCUGGCAACGGUUCUUUUGCAAAGCAUGCGACAUAUCCAGCUGGUGUUCAUCCAUUUGGUUUAGCUUACGGCUAUUUUAAUAAGGACAACCAACUUGAUAUUGUAGUCACUAAUUUUGGUAACAACACUGUAAGUGUACUUUUCGGAUUGGGGGGUGGCGAUUUUGGAAAACCGGUGGCUUACUCAACUCGAGCUUACCCAAUAUUUGUUGCUGUGGCUGACUUUAACAAUGAUACCUGUUUAGAUAUUAUAGUUACAAAUUAUUAUGAAAACAUGAUCAGUGUAUUUCUCGGAUAUGGCAAUGGCUCGUUUCAAAGUCAAAUUGUAUAUUCGACUGGUGAUAAUCCACUUGGGGUAGCUAUCGGUGAUUUUAAUAACGAUUCUCGACUAGAUAUCGUUGUUACGAACGGUGGUCAAAAUACUUCAAGUCUACUUCUCGGCUAUGGAAAUGGCUCUUUUGCCAACCAAGAGACAUUUUCAACUGGAGCUUAUCCCCUUCAUUUAGCUGUCAGUGAUUUUAACAAUGAUACCCGACCGGAUGUCGCCGUUGCCAAUUGGGAUGAGAACACUGUUAGUAUUCUUCUUCGCUAUGAUAGAGGAGCCAUGAAAAAGGAAACUACAUUCGCACCUAGCGCUGGUGCUCACUUGAGUAGUAUUUCUACUUCCGAUUUCAAUGAAGAUGGCCUACUAGAUAUCGCCAUUGUAAACGAAUAUACUAAUAGCAUAGGGGUCCUUCUCGGAUAUGGAAAUGGUACUUUUGAAAACCAGAUGAUAUUUUCAACUGGAUUUGGAUCUCAUCCUUACUCGAUUGUCAUUGAUAACUUCAAUAAAAACGAGCACGUAGAUAUCUUAGUGGUGAAUCAUGACAGUAAAAACCUUCUUAUUUUACUGGGAAACAGCAACGGAAUGUUUGAAAGUCAAACAGCUUAUGAUGUAAGUUUCAAUUUUGCUCCAGUGACUGCUGGCUUGGCCGAUUUCAAUAAUGAUGGAUAUUCUGAAAUUGUUGUUGCCUAUGAUAGUUCUGAUUAUAUAGAUAUACUUGCUCAAUAUAAAACGGGAGCCUUCCCCCAACGAAUCAUAUAUUCAACUGAUCCUUGGCCAAAAUCAGUCGCUAUUGCUGAUUUUAAUAAUGAUGAACGACUAGAUAUUGUCGUGACUACUAUGUAUAACAAUUAUAUAGAUAUACUUCUUGGAAAUGGCGAUGGUUCUGUUACAAGUCAAAUUAAAUUCUCAGCUGGCACAUCACCACGAUCUGUAGCAGUCGUUAUACUUCUUGGUUACGGUAAUGGCUCUUUUACACAUCGAGUAGCAUAUUCAAGUGGCUCGUUGCCGAUAUCUGUAGCUGUCGGUGACUUUAACAACGAUAGUCAAUUGGAUAUAGCUGUUGCUGAUUAUAAUGAUGAGAGUGUGAGUAUACUUCGUGGUUUUGGUAAUGGCUCUUUUACAAACCGAGUGACAUACAUAACUGACUCUUCACCGAUAUCUGUGGCUAUCGGUCAUUUCAAUAGCGAUAUCCGGCUAGAUAUCGCUGUCGCUAAUUUUAAUGGCAGUACUUUAAGUAUAUUUAUUGGAUAUGGCGAUGGCACAUUUGCAAGCCAAAUGAAAUAUUCCACUGGCUCCUCGCCAAGAUCUGUAGCUGUCGGUGAUUUUAACAACGAUAACCGAUUAGAUAUCGCUGUCGCCAAUGGUCUUGAGAGCACUGUAAGUAUAUUUCUUGGUUAUGGUAAUGGGUCUUUUACAAAUCAAGUAACAUUCUCAAGUGGCUCGGUGCCAGUAUUUGUAGCUGUUGGUAAUUUUAAUAACGAUACUUGA